GCAAGGAUCCCAAGGGGGGCCAUGGCCAGUACAGAGUCCUCGCUGUUGAGAUCCCUAGGCCUCAGCCCAGGUCCUGGCAGCAGUGAGGUGGAGCUGGACUGUUGGUUCGAUGAGGAUUUCAAGUUCAUCCUGCUGCCUGUGAGCUAUGCAGUUGUGUUUGUGCUGGGCUUGGGCCUUAACGCUCCAACCCUAUGGCUCUUCAUCUUCCGCCUCCGACCCUGGGAUGCAACGACCACCUACAUGUUCCACCUGGCAUUGUCAGACACUUUGUAUGUGCUGUCGCUGCCCACCCUCAUCUACUAUUAUGCAGCCCACAACCACUGGCCCUUUGGCACUGAGAUCUGCAAGUUCGUCCGCUUUCUUUUCUAUUGGAACCUCUACUGCAGCGUCCUUUUCCUCACCUGCAUCAGCGUGCACCGCUACCUGGGCAUCUGCCACCCACUUCGGGCACUACGCUGGGGACGCCCUCGCCUCACAGGCCUUCUCUGCCUGGCAGUUUGGUUGGUCGUAGCCGGCUGCCUCGUGCCCAACCUGUUCUUCGUCACAACCAGCACCAAAGGGACCACCGUCCUGUGCCAUGACACCACUCGGCCUGAAGAGUUCGACCACUAUGUGCACUUCAGCUCAGCGGUCAUGGGGCUGCUCUUUGGCAUGCCCUGCCUGGUCACUCUUGUUUGCUAUGGACUCAUGGCCCGUCGCCUAUAUCAGCCCUUGCCAGGCGCUGCACAGUCGUCUUCUCGCCUCCGCUCCCUCCGCACCAUAGCUGUGGUGCUGACCGUCUUCGCUGUCUGCUUCGUGCCUUUCCACAUCACCCGCACCGUUUACUACCUGGCCAGGCUGUUGGAAGCUGACUGCCGAGUGCUGAACAUUGUCAACGUGGUCUACAAAGUGACUCGGCCCCUGGCCAGUGCCAACAGCUGCCUGGAUCCUGUGCUCUACAUGCUCACUGGGGACAAAUAUCGACGUCAGCUCCGUCAGCUCUGUGCUGGUGGCAAGCCCCAGCCCCGCACGGCUGCCUCUUCCCUGGCACUAGUGUCCCUGCCUGAGGAUAGCAGCUGCAGGACAAAUUCCCAGGAGUGGUAUUACCAGACCAAAGAGCAUGAAUGUUUUUAUGGAUCGUGAUUGCCGAAAGGACUGCAAAAGUUUUCAACACCACAAUGACAUAUGAGUUGUUCCAGUUCCCUUGCAGUGCUAGCAUUGGACUUUAGAAGAAAUCUUUUUAGAUGGUUUAACAUUAUUUUCAUAUUUUUUCAUUUCUUUGAUUACUCAUGGGAUUGAACUCUUUCCCAUAUGUUUACUCUUUGCAUCUUUCUUCAAUUGGCACCCUAGUGGUAUUCUUAUAUAUCUAAAUGUAUUUUUUACUUAAUAUACAUGCUAUCCCUUUGUCAUUAUUUGAUGUAAAUAUUUAUCUUAUUUAUUGUGAUACUUUUAAUUUUAGUUCCUUAUUUUAUCCUCUUGUUUUAGAAUUUCUCUCCUCAUGCUUUUAUCUCUUUGAUUACUUUCUAUCUCCUUUGCUGACUUCUCUUUUGCUCCUUAAGUAAAUGGCAUUCCUGAGAUCGGUCACAGAGUCAUAGCAUUUGGGGAUUAUUUAAUGCCCUUUGUUCAUCAGACUAUUGAUUUUGCCUUGGAGAAAACAUACAUGCAGGUGACUCAUAGUCCUUGAGAGUACCUCAGAGAUCAUAUAGGGUCUGUGCACCCCCUCACUUUACGGUGAAGGAAACAGGCCCAGAGAGGUGGCUUGCUCAUGACUCAGUAAGUUAGUGGCAGAGAAGAGGCAAAGUCCCAGGUCUCCUGACUCCCAGAGCUCCAUUAUAUACCAUUACACCAAGCCAACUCAAUUCUAGGCCUUCCCUUCUCCCAACCUCCACCUCUACAUCUUCAAUUGCCUACUACACAGUUUCACUUGGACCUUCCAUUGUUACUUCCAACCCAAGAUGUCAAAAGCAAAACUCCCUGAACCAGUGUUUCUACCUGUCUUGCUAAUUUCUGUUCAUGGCGUCUUCUUUCUUCAAGUCAGCUAGGCUUGAAAACUCUCAGGCAAGUUCAACUCUUGUCUCUCCCUAUUUCACAGGUUCUGACAUUUCUUUUUUUUUUUUUUAUUAUUAUACUUUAGGGUUUUAGGGUACAUAUGCACAAUGUGCAGGUUUGUUACAUAUGUAUCCAUGUGCCAUGUUGAUUUCCUGCACCCAUUAACUCGUCAUUUAGCAUUAGGUGUAUCUCCUAAUGCUGUCCCUCCCCCCUCCCCCCACCCCACAACAGUCCCCAGAGUGUGAUGUUCCUCUUCCUGUGUCCAUGAGUUCUCAUUGUUCAAUUCCCACCUAUGAGUGAGAACAUGCGGUGUUUGGUUUUUUGUCCUUGCGAUAGUUUACUGAGAAUGAUGUUUUCCAGUUUCAUCCAUGUCCCUACAAAGGACACGAACUCAUCAUUUUUUAUGGCUGCAUAGUAUUCCAUGGUGUAUAUGUGCCACAUUUUCUUAAUCCAGUCUAUCGUUGUUGGACAUUUGGGUUGGUUCCAACUCUUUGCUAUUGUGAAUAGUGCCGCAAUAAACAUACGUGUGCAUGUGUCUU